UAGUAGACCUCCAGCGGGCCGGUCACACAUCAGUAGGUAAUCGACAACACCCCUGUAAAACUUGUAGCGGACAUUUGAAGACUGGGCGCCGGGCUCUAUCCGGACAGAGACCUCAUGAAUGGAAAUCGGAACUUCAGGAGCCGUUGGGGCCCAAGCCCUGUUCUCCCUGCCUCGUCGGCCUGGCUAUGGCACCAUGGGCAAGCCCAUCAAGCUGCUGGCCAACUGCUUCCAGGUGGACAUCCCCAAGAUGGACGUCUACCUGUACGAGGUGGACAUCAAGCCUGAGAAGUGUCCCCGCAGGGUCAACAGGGAGGUGGUGGACUCCAUGGUGCAGCACUUCAAGGUCACCAUCUUUGGGGAUCGCAAGCCGGUCUACGAUGGGAAGAGGAGCCUCUACACAGCUAACCCCCUGCCUGUAGCUACUGCAGGGGUGGAUCUGGAUGUCACCUUGCCGGGGGAGGGGGGGAAGGAUCGGCCCUUCAAAGUCUCCAUCAAGUUUGUGUCCCUGGUGAGUUGGCACAUGCUGCAUGAGGUUCUGACCGGGAGGAGUGUGGCGGAGCCCCUGGACCUGGACAAGCCUGUCAGCACCAACCCUGUCCAUGCCGUGGACGUGGUCCUCAGACACCUGCCCUCCAUGAAGUACACACCUGUGGGGCGCUCCUUCUUCUCCUCCCCAGAGGGCUACGACCACCCCCUGGGCGGGGGCAGGGAGGUCUGGUUUGGCUUCCACCAGUCCGUACGGCCGGCCAUGUGGAAGAUGAUGCUCAACAUCGAUGUGUCAGCCACAGCCUUCUACAAGGCCCAGCCCGUCAUCCAGUUCAUGUGUGAGGUCCUGGACAUCCACAACAUCGACGAGCAGCCGCGUCCUCUCACAGACUCCCACAGGGUCAAGUUCACCAAAGAGAUUAAAGGUCUGAAGGUGGAAGUGACACACUGUGGGACAAUGCGCAGGAAGUACCGAGUGUGCAACGUGACUCGGCGUCCGGCCAGCCACCAAACGUUUCCCCUGCAGCUGGAGAGCGGUCAGACAGUAGAGAGGACCGUGGCUCAGUACUUUAAGGAGAAGUACAACCUGCAGCUGAAAUACCCCCACCUGCCUUGCCUGCAGGUGGGGCAGGAGCAGAAGCACACCUACCUGCCCCUGGAGGUGUGCAACAUUGUUGUGGGCCAACGCUGCAUCAAGAAGCUGACCGACAACCAGACCUCCACCAUGAUCAAAGCCACGGCUCGCUCUGCCCCCGACAGGCAGGAGGAGAUCAGCAGACUGGUGCGGAGCGCCAACUACGAUGCGGACCCGUUUGUUCAGGAGUUCCAGUUCCGCGUGCGUGAUGAGAUGGCCCAGGUGACCGGGCGCGUGCUGCCACCUCCCAUGCUGCAGUACGGUGGGAGGGUGAGCUCUGAACACUUUAUGCCCCAGCAGAUGACCCCUGCGAUGUCGUUGCAGAACCGCACGGUGGCCACGCCCAGCCACGGGGUGUGGGACAUGAGGGGGAAGCAGUUCCACACAGGUGUGGAGAUCAAGAUGUGGGCCAUCGCCUGCUUCGCCACGCAGAGGCAGUGCAGGGAGGAGAUCCUCAAAGGGUUCACCGACCAGCUGCGUAAGAUCUCUAAGGAUGCUGGGAUGCCCAUCCAGGGCCAGCCCUGCUUCUGUAAGUACGCCCAGGGGGCCGACAGCGUGGAGCCCAUGUUCAGACACCUGAAGAACACCUACUCUGGCCUGCAGCUCAUCAUCGUCAUCCUGCCUGGAAAGACCCCCGUCUAUGCGGAGGUGAAGCGUGUGGGAGACACUCUCCUGGGCAUGGCCACCCAGUGCGUCCAGGUGAAGAACGUGGUGAAGACCUCCCCCCAGACCCUCUCCAACCUCUGCCUGAAGAUCAACGUCAAGCUGGGGGGCAUCAACAACAUCCUGCUCCCUCACCAACGACCCUCUGUGUUCCAGCAGCCUGUCAUCUUCCUGGGGGCCGACGUCACCCACCCUCCUGCUGGGGACGGGAAGAAGCCCUCCAUCGCUGCUGUGGUAGGCAGUAUGGAUGCCCACCCCAGCCGGUACUGUGCCACGGUUCGGGUCCAGAGGCCCAGGCAGGAGGUCAUCCAAGACCUGGCCUCCAUGGUGAAAGAGCUGCUCAUCCAGUUCUACAAGUCGACCCGCUACAAACCCACCAGGAUCAUCUUCUACAGGGACGGAGUGUCUGAGGGCCAGUUCAGACAGGUGCUGUACUAUGAGCUGCUGGCGAUCCGAGAGGCCUGCAUCAGUCUGGAGAAGGACUACCAGCCAGGCAUCACCUACAUCGUGGUGCAGAAGAGACACCACACCAGGCUGUUCUGUGCCGACCGCAACGAGAGGGUGGGGCGAAGCGGGAACAUUCCUGCCGGCACCACCGUGGACACGGACAUCACUCACCCCUACGAGUUUGACUUCUACCUCUGCAGUCACGCUGGGAUACAGGGCACCAGUCGCCCCUCCCACUACCACGUCCUCUGGGACGACAACUGCUUCACGGCUGAUGAGUUCCAGCUGCUCACCUACCAGCUGUGCCACACCUACGUACGCUGCACGCGCUCAGUCUCCAUCCCUGCGCCAGCCUACUACGCCCACCUGGUGGCCUUCCGCGCCCGCUACCACCUGGUGGACAAGGAGCACGACAGUGCGGAGGGCAGCCACGUCUCAGGGCAGAGUAACGGGCGGGACCCCCAGGCCCUGGCCAAGGCUGUUCAGAUCCACCACGACACUCUGAGGACCAUGUACUUCGCCUAAGGGGCUCCAGGCCUCUCUCCCUCCCCCAGCCUGCCUGUCAGAUGUGCAGGACUGACCACUGAUGAGGGCAGAGGCUGGCCUGGACUAGUCCAGGAGAACAGAAGAGAACAGCCACGUUAUGCAAUACGAAACCAGCCGAUUGUCUCCAAGCUCCUGUCCCCCCCUUUUCUUUCUCACAUGCUGCAAUUUAUGCAUUUUAUUUCAUCGGGGAUUCUCUUAACAUCUCACUGAAACUAGCCCUACAAGCUUGCAAGUCAUUUUUGCGCGCCUUACAGUUGUGACAGCUACUACUGGUCGUUUUGAGCAUAGAAAAGAAAACUAAAGAUAGCCGGUGCUUGUUUUGGUUGUCCAGGUCACAGCCAUGGAGGCGAUGUCUACGAGACGGAUGCGUGUUGGUAUUUGCGCGGUUGCCGUGGCAACACCCUGUUGUUCAAGCGUGAGUUGUUCGCGUGUGAGUUUUAAGCAUUUUUAUUUAUUUUUGUCACCUUUUUCACCUUUUGUUUUUUGUUUUUUUUUCUUCAAAUGGUAGGUUUCUUUACAAAUUACUUUCUUUGAGAAGGGUUACUUACUCGCAGUUAUAGACACAAAUAGUUGUAGCUUAACAGUAUCUAACAAUAUAGUAUAUAACAGUAAUAUUGUCUGAAUGUUCAUGUGGAACGAUCCACUUUGAGAACCAGGGAGGCUCUGCCUGCCUCAGUGCAGAUCUGCAGAGGAAGAGGCUGUCCCGUUUAUGACCCCGGCUGCAGAAUGGAUCUCCCUGCUCACAAGUUGAUAUUAGAGAAACUAUUUGGCUACUAGUGAUUUUUAUUCCGCCUGCUAUUUGUGAGAUUUUAUUUAACACUUUCUGCAAUCGAGUAGGCCACUGCUUGCUUGGAGUUGCGAAUUGAGCAAGGAACUGAUAAAUAUGUCAGAAAAUCCUUUGGUUUAAUUGAUGCCGACAGAUAACAGACGAUAAUGGGUUCCAGAUUCCUAUAUUUAUUCACACUCUGGAUUUUGAAGGCAGAAGUAAAGAGUUUCCUGCCUUUUAUGAAAUAUUAAGUCUUUUUAGUAAAUUUAAGAAAAUUAAUUUCUUAAAAUAAUUAUGACAAAGUGCCAGAUUAGCAUGGAAAGGAAACAAAAAAGGCAGGUUAUUCUAAAAGCUAUUUUAGGUAAAUCAAUAACAGAAUCUCUCUCAGACAGGCUACUGUAACAUGACGAUGUGAUGUCCUUGAGACGGGGUUGAAGGCAGCGCAGAACAGCAGCAUGGUCCAUCGGUGUCACGUCGUUUUUAAUGUGAAAUGUUCAUCAGACAGACUGAACAACUGAAGUUGGAGACUUAAUUUAACAAAGCCGUUUUGUCGCUUUAACGAAUUUCGCGUUUUCCGUUUUACUCUUGCUGUGCAGUGCAGUAGACUCCCGAUGAGUUUAGUCACGUUCCUCUAGGACCAAACCAGUGUGCCUCAGGGUCUGGAGAGCGAGAAGGCUUCACUUCUGUCCUGCGUGUGUGUGUGUGUGUGAGGGGGACUGGGGUCUCUCUCUCUGCACCCCUAUACACAGAGGGAGCAUUUAAACAUGCUCUGCUGCGCUAUCUGUCAGCCAUGAGUUCUCAAAACCAAACUAGCUGCUAUACAGGACUUUUAUACAUGUAUAUAGUUUUUCUGUGUAGACGGGUAAGAUUUUUUUUAUUAUCAAUUUAAAUUUAAGUCUGUGAGGUUGCAAAAGGUGAAUUAUUUGAAAGGGUGCACUAACUUUUUUUUUCUUCUCAAAACUGUAUCCUAUAUAUAUAUGUGUGUGUGUGUGUGUGUGUGUGUAGUAUAAAAAAUGCAUGACACUUCACUGCACUUAUAGAUGACAGGGGUGGAACGAAGCCUAUGGUUCUGCAAAGGAGAGAAAUACAUGUCUCUCAAGGAAGACAUUGUGAACUUUUCUUUUGGUUUUUAGGCCUUUACAACCAUUUUAUAGGACUCCUGCUUUAUCUCCCUGAGGGUGCAGUUGAAAAUAAUUGAACCCGUGUGGGCAUUAAUAGGCUAAGCCCCAAGUUUUGGGCACAUAGAAGUGAAAGUGUUACAACCGAAGUCAGACAUUACCAGCAUUUGAUUUUACUUGAACAGCAAAGAUCAAAUCUGAUGACUUGUGGGCAACUGGGAAUAUGUAGCUAGUUGCUAUCCUGCUUUUUAUCUUGACAGCAGGAACCAUGAUGGGUGCUUUCUCUCCACUUCUGUUGCCACGUAACAACGUUUGGAAGCCGUUGGGGGAGGUUAUUGCGUUCAGGGGUGCUGGGUGCUUAGAGACACCUCUGUCCCCGCUUAUGGAGAUGGAUAACGGAUGCCUUUUCACAUGACUAAAGCAUUUUUAAUUCUAAAUGAUGAUACUAUAUUUGUGUAUUUAAUAAUAAAUGUAAUUCACAAACUACUUAUUUUUGCUAACAAAUUCUAUGGUAAAUGGAACCGCUACGAUGACAAUGAAAUAGGGUCAUCCAGAUUUAUUAGGUACCGCAAUAGUUUCUAUUCUACGCGCUGUGUGAAAGUGAAACACCUGCGACACUGACGUACUGUGGAGAUUCAUUUGUUUUGGAGGGGGGAACUUUUUGCUGCGUGGUGAUUGGAUGAAGCAGCCUAUUAAUCCUACCAAUCUGUGAACGAGUAGCCUUUCCCUCCAUCCUGUUUUACAUGUCGCCACACACCUGGACCCGUCCGAACAGCACACGAGGCUGCUUCUGGACGGGUUCCUUGUCUCAAAGUCUUAAGGGAUGGUGAAUGUGUCCCUGACUUGUUCCUGUAGCAUUAUCUAACCGUUUGCCGAGCCGCCACACUUCGAACAUCUGCCCAAUAGUUGUCCCGUUUGCUUUUCACAUCCUGUUGUUUUAGUAUGUUGGGGAGCGGUGAAGGUUCAUCGUUGGACAUGAACAGUCCAUAUACUGUGCCUUUCUUGAUGGUGCUGAAAACUAUGAAAUCAAAAAAUAAAUAUUACAGUUAGAACAUUUAGUGCAAUACGCCAUGUCUUCGUUGAUACUGUAAAGUGUGCGUUGAAGCGCGUGUGUGUGUGUAUACCUUUUGACUUUUGCCAAGAUUACAAUAAUAUGCUGAGAGAGAUUUUGGGGUGUCAAGACCAAACGACCUGUGGGUGUUUACAGUAGACAGGCACUCAUACGGCACAACCCACAAAUCAACUCUUCUGUUUAUUAUUAUCUUUUCAGAAAUAUGCCAUAAUAACUAUGAGCUGCGUAAGGCUCUUGCUUUCAAACUCAUCAGUCUAGACAUAUUUAAUGUGUAGACCUACACAUAGCCUGCUAGAGCAAUCUCGAAAAAGGCAAUUUUGUGAAAUGUAACCAUUGUACAGUUUGGGAUAGGCCUCAUUCUUAUCCCACUGUUUGAAAUACUUGCAGUUUACAAAUGAUACCAAUACACAGAGGUCCACCGUUUUGCUAUAACUGUCUGCUUUCCGCAGAAGGGAUUCUGCACGCGAAUCCUACACCUUUCCUUUGCUCUGCUCUGUCAUCCAUACGAUAAUUACAUUGCAUUGGUAACAGUGCAAUAUGCUAUAUUUUUGCUUGAUUAUGAAAUUGUUGUGACACUUUUAGAAGUUGUAGGCUAGGCUAUCGUUAAGAAUGUGAUAAUCCGUUUGGUCUUAACACUUAGGCCUAUCUGAUCCUGGUCCUAAAAUGUAGAGUUUUUGUUUGGUUGUCAAUUUAAUUGUUGUUUUGAUUAAAUGUAGCCUAAUAAACCCCCAUUUAUUUGCA